AGAAGGACGCGCGAGCCUCGGCGGCCCGGAACCGGCCUCAGUACCGUGGUGGAACCUGAGGCCGCUUGCCCUCCCGCCCCAUGGAGCGGCCCCCGGGGCUGCGGCCGGGCGCGGGCGGGCCCUGGGAGAUGCGGGAGCGGCUGGGCACUGGCGGCUUCGGGAACGUAUGCCUGUACCAGCAUCGGGAACUUGAUCUCAAAAUAGCAAUUAAGUCUUGUCGCCUAGAGCUAAGUACCAAAAAUAGAGAACGAUGGUGCCAUGAAAUCCAGAUCAUGAAAAAGUUGAACCACUCCAAUGUUGUAAAGGCCUGUGAUGUUCCUGAGGAAUUGAAUUUUUUGAUUAAUGAUGUACCUCUUCUAGCAAUGGAAUAUUGUUCUGGAGGAGAUCUUCGGAAGCUACUCAAUAAACCAGAAAAUUGCUGUGGACUUAAAGAAAGCCAGAUACUUUCUUUACUGAACGAUAUAGGGUCUGGGAUCCGAUAUUUGCAUGAAAACAAAAUAAUACAUCGUGAUCUAAAACCUGAAAACAUAGUUCUUCAGGAUGUCGGUGGAAAGAUUAUACAUAAAAUAAUUGAUCUGGGAUAUGCCAAGGACGUCGAUCAAGGAAGUCUGUGUACGUCUUUUGUGGGAACAUUGCAAUAUCUGGCCCCAGAGCUCUUUGAAAAUAAGCCUUACACAGCCACUGUUGAUUAUUGGAGCUUUGGGACCAUGGUGUUUGAAUGUAUUGCUGGCUAUAGGCCUUUUUUGCAUCAUAUGCAGCCAUUUACCUGGCAUGAGAAGAUUAAGAAGAAGGAUCCAAAGUGUAUAUUUGCAUGUGAAGAGAUGACAGGAGAAGUUCGGUUUAGUAGUCAUUUACCUCAACCAAAUAGCCUGUGUAGUUUAAUAGUAGAACCCAUGGAAAACUGGCUACAGUUGAUGCUGAAUUGGGAUCCUCAGCAGAGAGGAGGACCUGUUGAUCUUACUUCAAAGCAGCCAAGAUGUUUUGUAUUAAUGGAUCACAUUCUGAAUUUGAAGAUAGUACACAUCCUAAAUAUGACUUCUGCAAAGAUAAUUUCUUUUCUGUUACCACCUGAUGAAAGUCUUCAUUCACUGCAGUCUCGUAUUGAGCAUGAAACUGGAAUAAACACUGGUUCUCAAGAGCUUCUUUCAGAGACGGGAAUUUCUCUGGAUCCUCGGAAACCAGCCUCUCAAUGUGUUCUAGAUGGAGUAAGAGGCUGUGAUAGCUAUAUGGUUUAUUUGUUUGAUAAAAGUAAGACUGUAUAUGAAGGACCAUUCGCUUCCAGAAGUUUAUCUGACUGUGUAAAUUAUAUUGUACAGGAUAGCAAAAUACAGCUUCCAAUUAUACAGCUGCGUAAAGUAUGGGCUGAAGCAGUGCACUAUGUAUCUGGGCUAAAAGAAGACUACAGCAGGCUCUUUCAGGGACAAAGAGCAGCAAUGUUAAGUCUUCUUAGAUAUAAUACUAACUUGACAAAAAUGAAGAACACUCUGAUCUCAGCAUCUCAGCAACUGAAAGCUAAACUGGAGUUUUUUCACAAAAGCAUUCAGCUUGACUUGGAAAGAUACAGUGAGCAGAUGACUUAUGGGAUAUCCUCAGAAAAAAUGUUAAAAGCAUGGAAAGAAAUGGAAGAAAAGGCUAUCCAUUAUGCUGAGGUGGGUGUCAUUGGAUACCUGGAGGAUCAGAUCAUGUCUCUGCACACUGAAAUCAUGGAGCUUCAGAAGAGCCCCUAUGGAAGACGUCAGGGAGACUCGAUGGAAUCUCUGGAACAACGUGCCAUCAAUCUAUAUAAGCAGUUAAAGCAUAGACCUUCAGAUCACUCCUACAGCGAUAGCACAGAGAUGGUGAAGAUCAUUGUGCAUACUGUGCAGAGUCAGGACCGAGUUCUCAAGGAGCUGUUUGGUCAUCUGAGCAAGUUGUUGGGCUGUAAGCAGAAGAUUAUCGAUCUACUGCCCAUGGUGGAAAUGGCCCUCAGUAACAUCAAGGAAGCUGAUGAUUUGCUGUUAUUCCCUGUGAAAGGGGUUUUUAUCAGCAUGAUCUGGGUCCUCCUGAAGACCUGUAUAUUUUGUACACAGAGUUCAGCCCGGUCCCUUGUAGGAUCCAGUCUAGAAGGUGCAGUGACUACCCCUCAGGCAUCAGCAUGGCUGCCCCCAACUUCAGCAGAACGUGAAAAUCCUCUGUCAUGCGUGGUAACUCCUCAAGAUGGAGAGACUUUGGCACAAAUGAUAGAAGAAAAUUUGAACUGUCUUGGCCAUUUAAGCACUAUUAUUCAUGAAGCAAAUGAAGAACAGAACAGUGGAAUGAUGAAUCUCGAUUGGAGUUGGUUAACAGAAUGACUUGGCACUUAUUCACUGUCCCCAAACGAUCUAUGGAAGUUGCUUCCAUAUUGGAAAUAUAUUUUCUCCCAUGAAACCAUUCUUCAGAUACCAUUCAGUGGAAGAAAUGGCUGUGAUCAAAAACUACGCAUGAUUUUACAAGAGAAAUGUUUUGACUUUGGGUAAUUUUAACCUCUGUAACAGAUAGAGUUUUAUCUCAGUGGACUUGUUUAAAUACUAUAGCUACUUAGGAGCACCACCGCAAUCCAAAACUUAAAACUUGCUAAAACAUUACUUAUUUAACUGACUAAAAAUACCUUUUAAAAUUUAACUUUUGGGCAUAAGACCAAAAGUUAUACAGAGAAGAAACCUCAGCUAACAUGUGUUCUAAGUAAAAGUUGUCUACCUGUUUCUGUGGAAGAGACUGCUUACAAGUAAAAUUGUACUUUUUGAAGAAUAAGCCCUACCUCCUUGUGUUGCACUCAGCAGUGCUCUUCCUGGCAUCAUAAGGAGUUGAGUCAGCCCAUUUUCAAUUUUACUUACAUUUGACAGUAUCCCUUUCCUACAGAAGGGAUUGUGCAUCUGUGCCUUAAAUACCAAUCGAUUGUCAUAAAUCGUAAGUGUGCUAUGUGUAUAUGUAUUUAAGAUGUACAUUUAGUAAUAUCGAAGAGAAGAUGCCUGUUAAUUUAUAAUGUAUUGAAAGCUUAUGUUUUUUCAUUUGUAAAAAUGGGUCAUUUGUUUCAGGAACCUUUCAUGUCUUAUCAUAAAGAUUUAUAAAGGUCUGCACACCUGAAUCUGUAAUUCCAAAAAGCUCUGAAAACAAGGUUUUUCAUAAGUUUGGUGACAAAACUCAUUUGCUUGCAAGUCUAACCUGAACUGACAUUUGUUAUCCCAUUUAGUGUGAAUAUUCGUUUAUUUUGCUGCAGAAAUAUUUGGUGGAGAGGGUGCUGCCACAGACUGUUGGGGUUUUCUGUAGUAUAGUAUAUGCACUGACUUGUCUUUCUAAAACCUGAAAAUUUCAUAAUUCUGAAACAUCUGGCCCUAAUAAUUUCAGAUAAAGGAUGUGGAUCUAUAUCACCUGUUUAAGUAAUUUAGAAAAUAUUGCUUUUUAAAAAAAUGUGAAAUGCUUUUGUAUUAUAGACAGUUUUUCACUUUGUGUAUUAAAUGAUUUUUAAAUUA